AACGUGCGUAUGUUUCACUUUAUUCUUCUCGUCAUCAAUAUGGAAAUUGGAGAAGUUGAAGUCUUUGACUCACUAAGCAAAAAAUCGGAACUAUACUUGUCUUGUUAUUUAAUGCUCAGAAGCGUAUGGGAAACUUUCAUCAAGGAAGAUAAGUCCCAUGAAUGGCCACCGAAGCUGCGAUGGAAGGCGAAAAAAUUCCCGCAACAACCAGAAGGGACUGAUCUCUGUGGAUUCUUCAUUUGCGAGUACAUCCGCAGAAUUGUCAGCGAGAGAACGAAUAAUGAAAGAAAUAAAGAGUUGGCAAGAAAGCGGAACAAGCUCUCAAUCGAUGACCGCUUCAUAGCAAUAGGCGAGGAAUUGGCGGGAUUUUUCCUUCGGGACGUCAUACCACCAUUCGCAGAGUACCACUAUGAAUGAAGAUGUACAUGUUACAUAUAUAGUUGACUCGAAGAGUACCACUAUGCUACAUGUAAUAGACAUAUAUAGAGUACGCCUCGGAG